AUGAUGGCCACCCAGAGCGUUCCUCCACCAUCGUACCAGGAGAGCCAACAGAUGACGGGCACUACUCAGCAGAACACCAAGACCCCACAGGUCCACAUCCCAGCCGCCUCUGCAGCAGGAAACACCUCGGUCAGCGUGACCCUUGAUCCCCAGGCCCAGCUGGAGUCCGACAAGAGAGCAGUUUAUAGGCACCCCCUCUUCCCUCUGCUGGCUCUGCUGUUUGAGAAAUGUGAGCAGGCCACGCAGGGCUCCGAGUGCAUCACGUCAGCCAGCUUCGACGUGGACAUCGAGAACUUUGUGCAUCAGCAGGAGAGAGAACACAAGCCCUUUUUCAGCGAAGACCCAGAGUUGGACAAUUUGAUGGUCAAGGCCAUCCAAGUGCUUCGAAUCCACCUGUUGGAGUUGGAGAAAGUCAAUGAGUUGUGUAAGGACUUCUGUAAUCGCUACAUCACCUGCCUCAAGACCAAGAUGCACAGUGACAACCUCCUGCGGAAUGACCUGGGGAGCCCCUACUCUCCCACACACACCAGUCUGGGCCUGCAGCAGGAACUAAUUCAGACCUCCUCUCCACCCAUGACCUCUGUCUCCAGCUCGGUUAACUCUGCAGGGAUCGUGGUGCCAGCCGGCGGACUACAGCAGGGAGGCGUGUCCAUGACGACCAUCAACUCUCAAGUGGUGUCUGGUGGGACCCUGUACCAGCCGGUUGCCAUGGUGACAUCACAAGGACAAGUGUUGACGCAGGGGCUGCCUCCAGGAACCAUCCAGAUCCAGAACUCGCAGGUCAACGUAGAUUUGGUUUCUCUGUUGGACAGUGAAGACAAGAAGUGUAAGAAUAAGAGGGGAGUUCUGCCCAAACACGCCACCAACAUCAUGAGGUCCUGGUUAUUUCAACAUCUCAUGCACCCGUACCCGACAGAAGACGAGAAGAGGCAGAUUGCAGCACAAACCAACCUUACACUGUUGCAAGUAAAUAACUGGUUCAUCAAUGCCCGCCGGCGUAUUCUGCAGCCCAUGUUGGACGCCUCUAAUCCAGACCCUGUCCCCAAAGCCAAGAAGAUGAAGUCCCAACACCGUCCCACUCAGCGCUUCUGGCCCGACUCUAUCGUGGCCGGGGUCCUGCAGACGCACAGAUCCAACGUGGGGAACAACUCCGACCACCCCCUGAACAUGGACAACCUGCAGUCCCUGUCCUCGGACUCGGCCACGCUCGCCAUGCAGCAGGCCAUGCUCGCCGCAGACAACGACUCCAUGGACGGCACGGAGGAGGACGAGGAGGAGGAGGAGGAGGAAGAGGACAUGGAGGAGGGCCUGGACGAGGACGAGGACGAGCUGACCAUGGACGAGCGCCACAUGCUGUCCGUGCGAGACGACAGACGAGAGCACACAGACACACUGGAGUAG